AGCCCCGCGGGAGAGGUCGCUCGCGCGGCUGUCGGCGGAGGCCAAACAUGUCCGUCUCGCGGGAGAGGAAAGCGUGUCAAUUAUUAGUGCUUCAAUUUUUUUAGCGAUCGCAGCUGCACGAAUGGCACCCACGUCGAGCUAGCCGCGCGAAACCGAUCCACGGCGGCGAGCAGGGGAAAAUGAGUUUCUCCGUGAAGAAGACCGGCGGCAGAAUGUGGCACGAGGCACGCAAGCAGGAGAAGAAGAUCCGCGGCAUGCUGGUCGAUUACCGUCGCAGAGCGGAGCGUAGACGGGACUAUUACGAGAAAAUCAAAUCGGAUCCUACUCAGUUUCUCCAGCUGCACGGUAGACCAUGCAAGAUACACCUGGAUCCGGCGAUUGCCGCUGCGGGCGACAGUCCUGCGAACAUGAUGCCGUGGCAGGGUAACGACGACAAUCUCAUAGACCGUUUUGACGUGCGAGCGCACCUGGAUUGGAUACCGGAGCCGUUGGACACCAUCGAUGUCGACAUUCCUCUGACGAGCGAAGAUAGACACAUCAACUACGAACGCUACCGUAUAAUCGUGCAAAAUGAAUUUCUAGGUGUAACUGAAGAAAAGUUUCUUCACCAAAUACAUUUGGAGGAGCAGUUCGGUUCGUCGACGAAGGUAGACGCGGCGAAAGAUAAGAAGAAAUCUGCUAACAACGCCGCCAUCGGAUAUAAUUAUGAGACCGAAGAGCCGAUACCGGAACCGGUGAAAACAGUGGAUCCAGUUAUAUCGGAGGAGAAGGGAGACGACGAGGACAGCGAUAUAGAUUUAGACAUAUGCGUGGACGUGUCGCAAAUAGAACCAUCUCAGGCACACGAGAUGAAUUUGGUGGCUCAAAAGUAUGGGCUUUUAGGUGCUGAUUACUUUAGCUUUUUAACACAAGACUUCGAGGAAGCUGAAACCUUGCGGCAGGCCCGUAAACAAGAGGAGGAGAAAGCUAUGUACUCGGGUCGACGGUCGCGUAGAGAAAGGCGUGCAUUCAGGGAAAAGAAGAUGAUAGGUCGCGUUAUGAGUCCGCCUAGUUACGCAGCUAGGGAAAGCCCGGAGUAUAACCCUUAUAGAAAAUCCUCUUCCAAAUCGCGGUCGCGGUCCGCAUCGCCUGUAAAUACAGGACAGAUUACUUACAUCACGAGCUUCGGUGGGGAAGAAGAGACCCACGGUAGCACAUCGCAUGUAUCUUCGUCGAAUUCGAGGAAAGUCAAUUAUUCGUAUCUCAGGCGACGGAGGUCCGACAGUCCUGCUUACAACGACAGAACCGUCAGUAGGAAAAUAUCCAAGUCCAGGUCGAGAAGUUGUUCACGUUCCGUCAGUAGGACUAAAUCGUACAGGACACGUGACAGGAAACGAAGCGGAUCUAAGAUGAGAUCUAGACGAACACGCUCGAGACUUCGGAAGUAUACGAGAUCGCGUACAAGAAGUCGCUCCAGACGAUCACGAACGCGAAGUAAAUCGCGAUCGCGCUGCAGAAGUACCAGCAGAUCGCGAUCGCGGUCGGUUUCGCGAUCGAGGACAAGAUCUAGAUCACGCUCACGUUUGAAGAGGUCGAGGAGUUCGUCCUCGAGCAGCGUGUCGGCGUCAAGAUCGAGAUCCAAAUCGCACAACAGGAGCCAUUCUAGAGACAGCUAUCGGAAAAGACGCUACUCGUUGUCAAAAUCAAGAUCCAAGUCUCGCUCGAGAUCGAAGUCUCCAUCGAGAUCGAGAUCGAGAUCGAGAAGUCAGUCUAGCUGUAAACGAUCGCGAAGUGAUGAUAAUAAGACACCAGCACUGCCCAGGUAUUAUGGCCGACGUGGAAAGUCGUCGAGUCUCGAGCUAGAGCUGUCCGAUAAUGAAGAAAAAUCCAGCGCAGCAACAUCGAAGACAUCGACAAACGCAAGCGUGAACAAGCCAAAAGCAGGGUUAAGUACAAAUUCUGGUGGCGGACACAAAUCGUUGAAAAUUACACCUCAGGAGCGGCUUAAGAAGAAAAUGCAGGCACUGUUAAACAAACAGUAUAAAGCUGACAAGAAAGCCGAGCAGUUGAGAAUCGAGAAGAUGGAGCAACAGAGACAGGAUCGGGAAGACGAGAUUCGAGAGAUGUCUUUAAAACUUCGCAGAAAGCAAAGAGAACGGAGACAUCGUUACGAAGGCCACAGUUCCGACACGCGGUCUUCUGUGUCCCGUACACCAAGUCCGAGUCGUAGUCCAAGACACCACGCGGCACGUCGCGACAGGCGAGACACGGACGGCGAUCGCGAUCGGGAUAGGGACAGGGAGAGAGAUCGGCGCGAUGAUCGCGACCGGGGUAGAACAGAGUCGCGUAGGAGAUACAGAGAUUCACCACUUCGUUCGCCGAGUCCGAGGAGCAAUCGAGGCCUAGUCGACUAUUGACUUCAGGACACACGCUUAAUCUUCCAUCCAAAAUGAUUUGAAACCGAUGUUUUGAAUACUUUCCGUUCAGUUGCAUUCCUUCCUUGAAUCGCUCUUAAUGUCCGAAAGAAUGGCACGAUGGAGAAAAGGUGUACGGACCUGCCGCAAGAUUGUUCUAGACAUGCGUCGCGAAUACUAUACAGCGCGACUUAAUCUACCUUACGAUCAAAUGAAUGGAGGUAUUAUCGUCUGCUCGUGUCGAUUGACUCGUGAUGCGUGCGUGAAAAUUUGAAAUUGCGCAAGAAUAGUUAAUAACGCGAGGAUAUGUUUACAAUGACUUGCUUCAUACGCAAAGCAGGAAGGAAAUCGUGAUACAUUGUAUCACGUAAUGUAUUAUUGUAUUCUAGAAUUGAUGAGUGUAUCCAUCGCUAUGUAUCUCUUAUUGUUAAAUUCUUCUAUAAUAAAGAUGUUUAUUUCACAGCUGGGGAAAA